UCUUGAAAAGUUACAUUUUUAUUAUUAUAUUUUUAAGACAUUAUUACUAUAUUGGAAAUAUAUCAAAUAUUUUUGGGAAACUCUUGCUGUAUAUAGAUUUUAAAACAAAUUGGUAGUUGCCACUUGUUUAAAAUAAUGAAGUUAAAAAUAAAACAAUAAAUUAACAUACAGACAAACGCAAACGAACUAAGUAUUACGAUUUGAGGGCAGGCACCUGGAAUGUCCGGUCCCUUAGUUGAGAAGAUGUCGCUGCCCAGCUGGUUGAUGUCCUCGUUAGAGUGCAGGCUGACAUCACCGCCGUCCAAGAUAUGCGAUGGACGGGAAAAGGACUGAGACGAGUAGAGCCUUGUGACAUUUACUACAUUGGCCAUGUAAAGGAGCGCUGGGACUGGGAUUAGUGAUGGGAGAGAGACUCUGUCGCCGAGUACUGCCGUUCACCACGGUCAAUGAACGUGUAGCCACAAUCCACAUCAAAUCGAUGUACUUCAAUAUAUCGCUGAUUUGCGCCCACGCCACGACAAAAGAGAAGGACGAUGUGACCAAAGAUGCCUUCUAUCAGCGCUUGGAGCGCACCUAUGAAAGCUGCACCGCCACGAUGCCAAAAUCGUGCAAGGAAGGUAUUUUUAGCACAACAAGCAGUAAAUUCAGACUCCACAAGGAAACAUCCCCAAAUGGGUUGAGGCUUAUCCACUUCGACGGGGCCCGAAUGGACGAAAACACUCCAGCUCUGAGAGUAUUCGACGCAGUACCCGCCAGGGGAAGCAGAGGAAGAGGAAGGCCUCCACUCCUUUGGAAAGACCAGGUGGAGAAGGACCUGGCUUCGCUUGGAAUCUCCAAUUGGCGUAACCUUGCGAAAAGAAGAAACAACUAGCUGUUGUUAACUCGGCUAUAAUCGCGCAAGCAGUGUUUAUGCCAGUAAAGAAGAACAAGAAAUUUAUAAAGAGGGAUUUUGCUCUUUCUUCUGUCCAAGUUCACUGACAAAAUGCCAUGAUUGAUAUCGAUUGCUUCUAACGGGAUAUAUAGUAUAGCAAAUUUACCGCUUCCACUAAAUUUAAUAGGAGUACCUUAUAAAAAUGCUGAGUGCACCUUGAAACUCAUUGGCCUACAUUUAAAAUCAAAUACUAACUUCUGUUCAUUUCUUCUCCAAGCAUUUAUGUAUCUUGUGAACAUUUAGAAUAGGCAAAAAUUUAAAACGUUUUAUGUCCAUUUCCGUGAAAACUGCUGGUCCUAUGGAAAAACUUUAUAGGACAAAAUUAUAGGUAAUAGAAAUAGAUUCAACCUUGUAUUCUCCAAUUCUUUAAAUAAACUCAAAAUUUAAACUUAGAAUUAAUGUAACACAGUUUUUCUCUUUCUUUUUUUUCAUUGUUAAUUUUUUACAUCUUUUUUAAAAGAAAUUUGGCGUAAACUAAUAUUUUCAUGAUCGUACAAACUGAUCGUUCAAAAAUCAAGCCCUGGCAUGGACUUUUUUUUAAUAAUAUCUUCCAAAAUUUGACAAGAAUUAUUUUUGGAAACAAAGUUAGUUUCUGCAAAGAAAUUGUGCGGAUUGGACCAAUGUGCCAUGUAAAUUAUUUCUUUUCGCCUUAUUUGGUCAUAAUAUUAGAAAUGACAUCUAAUUCACAAUAGUAAAUUCUACAAGCCAGACACUGUCAAGCUUAGGUGAUUCAUAUAAUAACUUGAGUGAUCUUGCGUUAUCAUGAUAGUUCACUUUCAAAUUGGCAUUGGAGUAGUGCACACCUAUACAGAUUCGAAGUCUUGAGACAAUAGAGUUGCAAAAAGUUUUUUAACCACGCUUAACUAGUUUCAAAGCCAGUUGACAUUUUAAAAAAUGAGACGAAAUAGCGGCCAACGCAUCCAUAAUCGCGAAGAAAAUAAAAACCUCGCUAACUUAGUAGAGCAGCAUCCACAGCUGUACGACAGGGAUCAUGUCUUUUAUGGUAAAAUAAAUGCUGUAGAGAAAGCUUGGAAAAAAAUAGCAAAAAUGUGGCAGAAGCCAGUGCCUGAAUGCAAGAGACGUUGGCGAAAUAUACGCGCCGCCUACGCACGCUCCAUUGACGCCUACAAAACUAAGCAUGGGCGGAAAACUUUUAUGGAUUACUAUUUAGCAAAGGAAAUGAAGUUUUUAAAACCACAUCUACCAAAAGAAGUGGCUGCAAUUGACACAGCAAGAGACGAACCUAUACUAACUGAACACGCAUCUGAAGCAGCGCAAAAUAAUGGCCAAAAUAAUGGGAUUAAUAACUCAGAAGCUGGCGCAAAUGAAAACAACGUUCAUGAUAUGAAUAAUGCACACACUCAUGAAACUUUUGCCAACGUGUUCUUUGCAUUCAUGCUACCGCCAAUAGUGGUUAUCAUCGAGCAGUAAUCAGAGUAAUCGCUAUGACCCUUUCAAGUAUUACAUAUACAUAUAUAACAUUGAAAUUUAACUGUAUUGACAGUUAACACCAACAAUAAACGUACAAAAGCCUCCAAAUGCAGCAUAAAGUUCGUCAGUGCGUGUACAUAGCCUCAGCAGAGAAACUCACCAGCGUUGGCCAGCUUUAUAUCGAAUCCAAUUUAGUUCGGAAUUUCGUCAUAUUUUGAGCAUUAUGAGUUAACAUCAGGCAACAACAAAAACA